ACAGAGGUCUGCUCCGCAGAGUCAGCUGGCACCCGCUUCGCAGCCGAGUCGGAGAGGGUCGCAGGGGCUUUUUACGUCACCAGAAGGAAAGAUGAAGUUUGAGAACUUGCUGGUGGAACUGGGGGGGUUUGGGCGACACCAGGCGAUGGUCAUCCUCUUGCUGGUCAUUCCUCGCUUGACCCUUCCCUUUCACUUCCUGCUUAACAACUUCAUAGCUGCGGUGCCAUCCCACCAUUGUGACAUCAGCGCUCUGGAAGCGAAAGGAGGCCUGGAGAAUCUGACCCGAGAGCAGAGGCUGACCGUGAGCAUUCCACUACAGGAGGAUGGAGAGCUGUCCUCUUGUCAAAUCUUCUCCGAACCACAGUUCCACCUCUUGAGUGACUCCUCCAAUGCAAGCCACCUCCCUACAGUUCCAUGUCGGAGUGGCUGGGUGUUCGACAACAGUUCCUUCAUCAGCACACUGGCCACUGAGUGGGACCUGGUUUGUGACCAGAGGGGAAUGACCAAAGUGACCGCGACCAUUUUCUUCAUUGGGGUGAUGGUAGGUGCCGCCAUAUUUGGCACCCUGAGCGACAGGUACGGCCGCAAACGCAUGCUGCUGUUCUCCUACCUGUUGUCCAUCACCUUUGCAGUGGCCAGUGCCUUCUCUGUCAACUUUGCCAUGUUUGCCGCCAUGCGGUUCUUAACGGGCAUGGCCAUCACAGGCAUCAGCAUCAUUUCCAUUGUGCUGUGUGUGGAGUGGAUAGACAUUGACCACCGCACCCUGGUGGGGGUGUUGAUCAGUCUGGACUGGUCUACAGGGACCGUGCUGCUCCCGGGGAUCGCCUACCUGGUCAGCGACUGGAGGUACCUAACGAUUGCGGUCACCUCGCCUCUUGCACUGGCCACGCUCACCUGGUGGUGGCUGCCGGAGUCGGCCCGAUGGCUGAUCGCCAACGGACGGCUGGACGAGGCUCACUACUACCUGACCAGGUGUGCCCGAGCCAACGGCAGAGAGCAGGUCAUGACGGACAUCAAGCCACAGGUGCUCUCCACGGUCAUCGUGUCGGCGGACAGGGGCACUCGGAAGUACAGCUACCUGGAUUUGGUGCGGACGCCCAAGCUGAGGAGGAUGGCGAUGCUCACAGGCUCCACCUGGUACGGAGUGGCCUUCACCUACUACGGGAUCAGCCUCAACAUCACAGGCUUCGGCCUGGACGUCUACGCGACCCAGCUCAUCUACGGUGCCAUUGAGCUGCCGGCGAAAAUCGGCAUCUACUUCAGCCUGAACAAAAUCGGCCGUCGGUACAGCCAGGUGGGAACCCUGCUGGCCACGGGGGCCUGCCUGGCGAUCAACCUCUUCGUCCCGUUCCGCCAGAGACUGUUGCGGACGAUGGUAGCCGUUCUGGGGAAGGGCUUGGCCGAGGCGUCGUUCACCUGCGUCUUCCUCUACACCACGGAGCUCUACCCGACGGUGGUCCGGCAGAACGGCCUGGGCUACAACUCGUUCGUGGCCCGCGUCGGCGUGUCCUUGGCCCCGCUGGUCAGCCUCCUGGAGGGGGUGUGGGGGCCGCUGCCCAACGCGCUCUUCUGCGCCGUGGCGUUGGCCGCAGGCCUCCUGGCCCUGCUGCUCCCCGAGACGCGCAACGUGCGACUGCCCGAGACCAUCGAGGACGUGGAGCAGACCUCCGAGCCUUGGAGGCACUCUGAGAGUGUCCCCAUAAACUGACAUAGGCAAUGUCCUUAUCACCAUAUUCAAAAUGGCUGCAGCCAGGAAAUGGGGGACGUCUCCCCUCCCAUCCCAUCCCCUGAUAUCUGCAGAUUCCCCAUCCCAUCCAACCACCUCCCAAAACCAAUAAAACUUU